GUCUUCGUACGGAUUUUCGCGAAUGUCUGGCCAAUUUCAAUUCGAAUUAAAAAUACAAUUUCGCAAAGUAUUUAUCGUUAUAUCCUUUCUCGCGCCAGCACAUACAGAUGCGUAACAUUAAUUAUAAUAAUUAUAAACCUCCUCGGCGGUGUCGGCAAUUAUUAUAAUAAUAGCGCAGCCUUUACCGAGCAGCGAUGUAACUAAAUCGAUACUCGAUUUCACCAGAUACCAAUUUACAUGCAUAUGACUGCGACUCCACGAGCGACGAUAAUGUCAAAGAACUAGUUGUGCGUGCUUUUCAUGAGAUUUUGGGAUGAAUUCGAGAGAUGAAAAAGCUUGUAUGGAAUUGGUGUUCGUUAGAGAGAACAGUCUAAGUAAACAGGAAAAGGCGAAGGCGUUUUGGAAGUUCUUGGACGCUCAGAAUGAUUUAUUGCCGCAUAAAGGCACAUUAAAGUAUGAUUCGCCGCCGAAACCGGAAUCGCCGGUAUCCAGCCCGGAGGAAAUGAUGAAGGAGAAGAACAUGUGGCGGAAAGGAUUAAAAGUCUUUCAGCAUCUCGGCUUGGAUAAAACCGCUCUCGCGGCUGAUAACAGAUGCAAACUCUGUCUCGUGCAUAAAACAAUCCAAUGCGAAGAUUUGGCCGACACAGUAACGCAGCCGUACGACGAAUUAAACGCUGACAUGAAGGCCUUCGAGCAGCGUCAGAAGAGUCGUGACUCGAAUCGGUGUAAAACACUUUACAUCGGCGGCGUAUUAACUCAACGCGGCUCCGGUUAUGCGAAAACGAAUAAAAAAUAAUCGUACAAUCGCGAUCGCUUUAGAGCAUUUUUUCCCAACGGCGAUAUUUUUCCAUUAAUUUCAAUAUUCAAAUUUAUUAAUGCGAAUAAAAGACAUACAAAAAAAUACUGAUUCUGAAGAAUGUGAGAAAUGAAGUUUGCUGAGAAGCUUAAAAGCGAAAUCAGCGAAAUACAGAGAGAGAAAAAAAAGAAAAAAAAUGUUUCGGUGACAAAACGUCUCGUCGACUGCGCGUACAAAACCGCUGUCGAAGGCAUCCGGUCGACGCAAUCGACGGACAAGGAAUUACGACGUUCACAACGCUCGCGACAAACAAGGGCCAGCUUGGCGGAGCUUGCCAGUUGUUUAAUGGAAUUGGAACGAGCCGAGAAUAUGGAUGAGUAGGGUAGCCGGUACAUCCCGACAUCGGUGUAUCGGAUUUCCUUAGUCCAGGAGGUCGACGUUGUUCCGAGCAAGGUGCGCUUGCCGCGGGAGCUGCCGUGAAUGGACCGACGGGUCCUGAAUCCUUACGCGACAUCUGGCCUCCCUGAGCCAGACGACGUCGUCUUCUUAUUGUCAAUCGGCCUUGCACGCGAGACUGUUUGCGUCAAUCGGGAGCAUCGCUCAACUUCUUCAAUGACGUUCCACUGCGUUAAAGAGCGCGAUGUAACAAGUUCACGCGGUGCGCCUUUUUUGAGGAUUUGAGGAGAUUCGUUUGAGACAAACUCGACUCUUCAAGCUGUUAAGGAAAAUUGAUUGCCGCGGCGCUGAAUUCUUCAGGUCCUGCUAAGCUUUAGUAAAGCUUUUGGGGAAUUAGAUCGGAGCGUAUUGUAGCGAGCGUUGGGAGGAAAACGCGACCGGAAGUCCGGCUCGAUCGAGCGACCAUCAGAUGUCUGGGCCAGCAUUAUCUUUCAUGGGUAAUAAUCACGAUCGUUUGCGCGUCGCGGGGGAGCUUCCGCUCGCUUCGAGCUUGCGUUCCUUCUUUUUUUUUCUUACUUGUGCCAUUACACUGCCGGACCAUUUGUCUCCCGCGAACGAACGGUCCAUUGUCUCGCAGAG